GCAGCAUCCGCAUCCGCACCGUACCGUACCCUAUCGUAGCAAACUAGCAUUUUGACUUUUGAUUCCAUCCAUUGUUAGUUUCGGUCGAAGCUUUUUCGUGUUUGUUUGAUAUCUAAUAUUAUUGUGUUGUGAAUUAAACCUAUGAUAUAGGGAAAGUAAAUAAUUUGUUUAUCAUUUUGAGUGUAAUUAUUUCUCGUGACAAUGUCACAAGCAGAAGAUCCGAUGGAUACAGCAGAUGUCGGCGAUAAUUCUAAUGCUUCGUCAAGUGACACGCCGUCGUCCCGGGGUAAAGAAGGAGACUUCGAAAGUAAAAUUGAAACCGAUCGGUCCAAGAGGUUUGAUUUCUUACUGAAACAGACAGAGAUAUUUUCUCAUUUUAUGACAAACAGUAAUAAGUCCGGAAGCAGUCCACCGAAAGCGAAAGCCGGCCGACCGAAGAAGAUAAAGGAACCUGAUACACCUACUAGUGCUGGAGACCAUCGCCAUAGAAAAACAGAGCAAGAGGAAGAUGAAGAACUCCUCGCGGAAACCAACACCAAGCAGAAGACAAUAUUCCGAUUUGAAUCAUCACCGCCAUACAUCAAGAAUGGAGAAAUGCGAGACUACCAAGUGCGGGGGUUGAAUUGGAUGAUAUCACUGUAUGAAAAUGGUAUUAAUGGUAUACUGGCUGAUGAGAUGGGUUUAGGGAAAACUCUGCAAACAAUAUCACUUUUGGGUUAUAUGAAACAUUUUAAAAAUGUCCCUGGACCACACAUAGUCAUUGUACCAAAAUCUACACUCACAAAUUGGAUGAAUGAAUUCAAAAAAUGGUGUCCCUCCCUCAAGGCUGUGUGUCUUAUUGGUGAUCAAGAAACUAGGAAUAUAUUCAUUAGAGAAACUCUGAUGCCUGGCAACUGGGAUGUUUGCAUAACAUCAUAUGAAAUGAUUAUAAGGGAGAAAUCUGUGUUCAAAAAGUUCACAUGGCGCUAUAUGGUCAUCGAUGAAGCUCAUCGAAUAAAGAAUGAAAAGUCCAAGCUUUCUGAAUUAUUGCGUGAAUUCAAGAGUAUGAAUAGACUUCUAUUGACUGGUACACCUCUGCAGAACAAUCUUCAUGAGCUGUGGGCUUUACUGAACUUCCUUCUGCCUGAUGUGUUUAACAGUUCUGAUGAUUUUGAUGCUUGGUUCAAUACAAAUGCUGCUCUAGGCGACAAUCAGUUGGUGUCCAGAUUGCAUGCAGUUUUGAGACCAUUCUUGUUGCGGCGUCUUAAAGCUGAAGUAGAGAAAAAGCUUAAACCAAAAAAGGAACUUAAAGUGUAUGUGGGAUUGAGUAAAAUGCAAAGAGAAUGGUAUACAAAGGUUCUUAUGAAGGAUAUUGAUAUUGUAAACGGCGCUGGUAAAGUGGAGAAGAUGCGCCUGCAGAACAUCCUCAUGCAGCUGCGCAAGUGCUGCAACCACCCGUACCUGUUCGACGGCGCGGAGCCCGGCCCGCCCUACACCACGGACGAGCACCUGGUGUACAGCUGCGGCAAGCUGGCCAUCCUCGACAAGCUGCUGCCCAAGCUGCAGCAGCAGGGCAGCAGGGUGCUGGUCUUCUCGCAGAUGACCAGGAUGCUGGACAUUCUGGAGGACUACUGCCUUUGGAGACAGUAUAAGUAUUGCCGCCUGGACGGCCAAACGCCGCACGAGGACCGCAACCGGCAGAUCGAGGAGUACAACGCGGAGGGCAGCGAGAAGUUCGUGUUCAUGCUGUCGACGCGCGCCGGCGGGCUGGGCAUCAACCUCACGUCGGCCGACGUCGUCAUCAUCUACGACUCCGACUGGAACCCGCAGAUGGACCUGCAGGCCAUGGACCGAGCCCAUCGGAUCGGACAGUUGAAACAGGUGCGCGUGUUCCGCCUCAUCACCGAGAACACCGUAGAAGAGAAGAUCGUAGAGCGAGCCGAGGUGAAGCUGCGGCUGGACAAGCUGGUGAUCCAGUCGGGCCGGCUGGUGGACACCAAGAACCAGCUCAACAAGGACGAGAUGCUCAACAUGAUCAGGCACGGCGCCAACCAUGUCUUCUCCUCCAAGGACUCGGAGAUUACUGAUGAGGAUAUCGACUCUAUUCUCGCCAAAGGAGAAUCAAAGACCGAAGAGCUGAAACAAAAGUUGGAAAGUCUCGGCGAGUCGUCGUUAAGACAAUUUUCAAUGGACACUCCGGGCGCGACCGAUUCUGUUUACCAGUUUGAAGGCGAGGAUUACAGAGAGAAGCAAAAGAUAGUACCGAUCGGCAACUGGAUCGAGCCGCCCAAACGCGAGCGUAAAGCGAACUACGCCGUGGACGCGUACUUCCGCGAAGCUCUGCGCGUGUCCGAGCCGAAGGCGCCCAAGGUACAGGCCCCGCGACCGCCGAAGCAGCCCAUCGUUCAAGACUUCCAGUUCUUCCCGCCGCGGCUCUUCGAGCUUCUUGAUCAAGAAAUAUAUCACUAUAGAAAAACGCUUGGUUACAAAGUACCUCGAAACCCUGAAUUGGGCCCCGAGUCAGCAAAAAUCCAAAGAGAGGAACAACGCAAGAUAGACGAUGCCGAAGCUCUCACUGAAGAGGAGAUACAAGAGAAAGAACAACUCUUAACCCAAGGAUUCACAAAUUGGACGAAACGCGACUUCAAUCAAUUUAUCAAGGCAAACGAAAAGUAUGGCAGAGAUGACAUUGAAAACAUUGCAAAGGACGUUGAAGGCAAAACUCCAGAGGAGGUAAUGGAGUACUCAGCAGUAUUUUGGGAGAGGUGUCAUGAACUUCAGGAUGUAGACAGAAUUAUGGGUCAAAUUGAGAAAGGUGAAGCGAAAAUACAAAGAAGAGCUUCAAUAAAGAAAGCUUUGGACGCUAAAAUGGCGCGUUACAGGGCGCCUUUCCAUCAACUCAGAAUCUCAUACGGCACCAACAAGGGAAAGAACUACGUUGAAGAAGAGGACAGGUUCUUAGUGUGUAUGCUGCAUAAGUUAGGCUUCGACAAGGAGAAUGUGUACGAAGAGCUGCGGGCGGCGGUGCACGCGGCGCCGCAGUUCCGCUUCGAUUGGUUCCUCAAGUCGCGCACGGCUGUGGAGUUACAGCGGAGAUGUAACACACUAAUUACGUUAAUCGAAAGAGAAAAUCAAGAGUUGGAAGAGAAAGAAAGAGCAGAGAAGAAAAAGAAAAGUGGAAACUCCAAUCAAAACACUCCUGGUGGCAAUGCGACGGGCAAAGGUGCGAGCGCCGGCAAACGAAAGGCUGACAACACUCAGGAUAGCGCACAGAAGACUAAGAAAAAGAAGAAAUGAAAUCCGGCUUCCCUCUACCCGAUCAGAGUCACUCGGUCGGCCGUAGUACGAAAGUAAUAGUCUAAGAUACGGCAUUAGAAAUAUAUAAUCUCAUCUGAUUCGUUAGUUCUAUUAAUUAAAUGAUAGAUAAUGUUCACAGUGACACAUUGCAAAUAGAUUGCCUUGUUAAAUUGCGGACAAACACAUUUUUCAUACAUAAUCUAGGAAACCAUAAACUAGAUCAAACGCAAACUAAUACAUUUGAAAUAAGCUUUCAUUUGACAAAUUAGAUGACUAAAUAACUGAUGAGAGUAUAUAAAUAACAUUACUUAACUGUUUAUUUCUGGCAACCCCAAAGUUGCAAUGUAACCAGUGUACCAUUUUUCAAAUUGCCCAAUGAGGGAACUCAACUAAAAAAGAAGAUUAAAUGAAUUUAAAAAAUAAAUAGUCAUUUAAUACCAUCCGGCCGGAAUGUAACUACUUAGGUAUAUGAAUAUUUUUUAUCAUUUAUUUAUUAACCCAAUUAAAUAACAGAUGAGGUUAUAUAUUUCUUAUCGGAUCUCGUACUAUAAUAGUAAUAGUUUUCAAUGAAAUAAUUUGUCCAUUUGUCAUAUUAAUUUCGAAUCUGUAUUUGAAUGGUCGACUCGUUUACCUUGAGUAUUACUCAUAAUUUUAAUAAACUUAGUAUAACUUAGGUAACAUUCCCUUUUUACGAUAUACGAUAUAACGAUAUGAUGGAUGUGUUUGAUUGUGUAAUAGUAAUAAAAGGCAUGAUAAUUUUGAA